AUGCCGCCUUUCCAGUCCACAUUGCUCAUGCUGCGUCAGGUGCGGCAGCGCGGCGACUGGGACUGCGGGCUCGCCUGCGCGGAAAUGGUCCUCGCGUGGGCCACACCCAAUGCACGCGAAGACGCCGUCGCACUCGCCCACGCAGUGCGCACGCGCAGCAUCUGGACCGUUGACCUCGUGGAGCUCCUUCGGGCGCGGCUUGGCGACCGGAUCACGUUCCACUCGCUCGUGCUCGAGACGUCACUGCACUUGGCCCACGACGCGUUCUACACGCGUGACUACCUCGACGACAUGGCGCGCAUCCAGCCGCUCUUUAACGCCGUCGUUGCUGCCAAGUGCGCGCGGCGCGGCAGUGUCUCGAUCGACGCGCUCCGCGACGCGCUUGCAAAUCGCGAUCACGUGGCGCUCGUGCUCAUCGACGCCCGCGAGCUCACGUGCUGUGUGCAGCUGCCACGUAGUGGUACUUUCCAGGGCCACUUUAUCGUGGUCGCCUCGAUCUCUGCACGCGGCGUUGCGUACGUGGACCCAGCGUCGCCCGAACACCCGUGUUGCUGGAUGAGUCUCGAGUCGUUCGAGGCCGCCAGAAAGAGCCAUGGCACCGACGAAGAUAUUAUUCUUAUCCGCCGAUGA